AUGCCGCACACCUCGCGCAAAAAGAAGGCCACCGGCGCAACCAAACGGACCACAAUCACCGACUCCACCGGCUGGACACACGUCACCACCACCGGUCACGCUCACCGUGCUCCCAACCCCCGCCGCCGACAACAACCAGCACAAGAAGAAGGACAAGAAGAAGAAACGUUACUACCCGCCGAAGCCCCCAAAUCGCUCACCCUCCCGGACCUCCUCGCGCAAUACCACACCCACCGCGUGAAAUGGAGCGCCUCCGCCACCGCCGCAACCCUAACGGCGACCAUACGCCGACACGUGCAUCAUGAUUCCUCCUCGCAAUCCAAUCCCAAUCCCAAUCCGAACACUACCCACCCCAUCACCAACAUAAUCUGCAUAGGCCUCGGCAGUCCCAGCGGCUUUCUCCGCGGCGGCUGGGUCGAUCGACGAAGCGUCUCCCUCUACCAACUGAAUGCAUUGAUGAGUGUGGUGGAGUCGGAUAUUCCGACUCCGACUCCGACCCUGCCCGUUUAUGCUCAAGAUCCAGUCUUCAACUCCCUCGAUCAUGACCUUCUUACCUCGUUCGGCAUCACUGUUGUGAAUCACCCGGACGGCUUUGAGAAAGUUACCCCCGGCUCGCUGCUGUUCUGUCCCGGCGCGGAAAAGACGCACCUCGAAUUGCUGCUGGCGCGAAACCCGGCCUGCGUGGUUGGGGGCCCGCUGGAGGACACGGGGUCCGAACACAUCGACCGUUAUGUGGCAGGGGUUCGGUCGAUGCGGUUACCACGGUUUGAGGAAAUGAAGGAGGCCUUCUGGGAGCAGAGAGUUUACUAUACCACGCGAGAGAUCGAGGAUAGGGACGAGAAAUGA